AUGGCCACUUGGCAGAGAUGCACCCACAAGGGCCAACCCCGCAGGAAGUACACAAGAUUCACUGAGGACCGGAAGUAUGUCGGCCGCUGGCUGUUGUCCGAACACAGGGAGCAUCACCCACCGCUUGGCGUUACUAACAGCGCAGGAGCCAAGGACAGCAGCCAAGAGCCGACGGUCGAUGCGCGAAUAGUAAUCAAACUACCCAUCAUCACAAGGGGUGAGCUGAAUCUUGCCUGCUACGGGCACGCUGGGUUCUCGAGAUAG